AUGUCCAAUCAAUUUGGACACUCCGCCGACGGAGUGGAUCCGUCGGAUUUGACCAUGCCAAACGGUGGCUUCAUGCCCUACCCGUUUACCUCCCAACAGAACAUGUCGUCGAGUUUCAAUUUCGGCAACUCGGGCAUCGACACGGACGAGCUGCUGGAUCUGGAGAUCAGCGGCCAGAAUGGCGUCCAACGCGACAACAACGUCAACUACCUGCAGGACCAGCAGUCCGGCGCCGGCUCUGGCAUCCCGAUGAGCCACCACAGCCAGAUGUCGCAACUCUACUCCAACACCCCGGACGGCGCUCCCAUGAACAGCCCGUUCAUGCACAGCUUCCACAACUACGAUCACUUCCGGUCCAUGAACCAGGGCCAGCCCGGGUCCCACAUGCAGAGCGGAUCCCAUUUUGACCAGAGCUACCUGGCCACCAAGGGGCGCACCGGCCUGCCGGCGGGCACGUCGGCCGACGGUCGCAGCCCCAUGACACCCAAGACCCCCGCCCAGGGGUUUAGCAGCUUGACCCUCGGCACGCCGGAAUCCGGCAGCUUCCCCACCCAGCCGAUCCGCACGGGCCUCCAGCACCGACACCAGAAGACGCUAUCGAACCAGUGGGACGGGACGCCCGGAAGCGCGCACUCGUACGUGGAGUCGCCCAUCUCCUCCCCGGGCCACCCCUCGCACCACGCCGGGAUCUCCGAGAUCCUCAAGUCCGGAAAGCAUGCGUCCUUGCCGGCCAAGGUCGAUGCGCAUAUGCCGGGGCAGGACCUCGAGUCGCAGGAGGCCAAGCGGCGCCGUCGGCGGGCGUCGCACAACCUGGUCGAGCGUCGCCGACGCGACAACAUCAACGAGCGGAUCCAGGAUCUGUCGCAUCUGGUGCCCGGCCACCGGCUCGAAGACGACAAGGUCCGCAAGCAGCUGGUCAACAACAGCACCAUGCCUGGCACGGGACCGGGGGCCAACCCGGCCACGUCCCUGCUCGCCGGCGGCAACGGACGCCGCGCCACGCCGGGGAAUAUCACGAUGGGACUCCCGAUCGAAGAGAAGGAGAAGGGCCCGAACAAGGGCGACAUCCUCAACGGGGCCGUCAGCUGGAUGCGGGACCUGAUGUGGGCCCUGCACGUCAAGCACCAGCAGGAGGCAGAGCUGGCGGAGCUGAUCAGCAGCCUCGGCGGCACCUGGCCUUUUGAGCAGACGGAGGACGAGAAGCGGAUGCGGACGGAGAUCCUGGACGCCCUGGAGCGGAAUGACCCGAGCUCCUUCAACUACAGUCGGGGACCCGGGAGUGGACUCCGGGUGCCCAAGCACACGAACAUGGCGGGUGAGGCGGUGUCCGGGAAUGAGUCCCUGAGCCCGCAGAGCCUGAGCCCGCCGUUCCACGCGAACGGCAAUCCGAACGGGGCGCAGUACUGGAGCGGCUCGGGGCAUGCGGCCAUGAGUUUCAAAGAAGAGGACGAGUACACGAUGGAGAUGAACUAG